AUGACUAGCGAAGAAUUCCAUCAAUGCCGUCGAAACUUCUCCUUUGCUCAAUGCCGAAUACUACAAUGGACUCUCCGCUCGACUAGCUUCAUGUUGUUUGCUAUGACGACGUAUGGAGUUGACUCUCAAAGCCGUCUCUUCCUUGCGCACCUAUGGCGUCACCAACUUCUCUGUUUCAUGUUUGCAAUGGGUGUUAAUCCGUACUCUGAACAAUUCUUGGUUGAAGACGUGCCCCAUCUAUUGCGAUCGUUUCGUCGCGCCUGGCGCCGAUGUGAAAGGGAACUUGCGAGAUAUUGA